AUGUCUGUAAUGAUGGAAGUGUACGGUUCGCGAUUGCGCCGGCGCCGUGGAAUGGGCAGAAAAAGCUCACAGGGCGACAGCGGGCAGAGCGGGGAUGUGGGGGCGGCUCGGAAGAGUGGGAGAGAGGAGAGCGGGGUGAAGCGAGCGCAUACGGCGGGGAGCGCGCGCCGUCGGCCACCGAACAGGACUAGGUGGCCGUUGCGUGUAGAGCGUUGUCGAUUCUUUGGUAGGUCUUAG